GCUGGCCCAUGGCGGUCAAAGCAGCCGUGGAGUUCUUUUGACGACUGUGGCGGGCAGUCCCCCGCGCAUUCUUCCCCUGGUCGCUGCUCUGCUCCACCCGCCAAGCCCUAUAAUAAUACGGAGCUGAUCAACGAUGUACGCCGCGAGCUUCUGCGAGUCCGCGCCUUUCUGCUCGCUUUCUUUAAUCGCUUAAACAUAUCAAAGUUGCGUUUCCGUCAAGAAACCGCAGAGAGAUGGCGACAAGGGAAGCUCCGCGAGGGUUCCAGAGAUAAUAUCUCGCCGUUAGGCCGCUAUAUUCUGCUCCGUCGCUGCCAUACCAGCAGUGUUCCUUUUCUCCUUUUCCUCUUCCUCGUCUUCUUUUCCACCCUAGUCAAGUGGUUGUUAGGGUUGUUCUCAUCUCAUCUUCCUUGUCGGUAUAUACCAAGAAAAGCCGCCCUCGUUCAUUGCACUUCCUUUUCCGGCCCAAGCUUUGUUAUUAGUUGGUUCCGAUGGAGCAAGUUUCCUGUGAUGAACUUCCAUCUCUUCUCAAGUGUGCUGCAUCCGAAAAGGUUGCUGGCUUCGACAGUGUUGCCUGUGGCAUUACCAGUCCGCAGGGAGAGACAACAGCGGGCAAAGGAUCCGAAGACGCGUGCUGUCAUCUUCCUGCCACUGUGAUCAGCAUUCCUCCGGUAAGAUCAGCAGCACAGGAAGGCGGCAAUCUGUCAUACGCUCUUUCUGUAAGCCUUCCGGCCUCUCCUUCCGGAUUCCAUAUCCUGCAAGCUAACCAAAUGGGAUCCGGAGCAAGUGAGACGGCUCAACCUGCUCGAUCUGCUACUCCCACUGCUGCCGUGUCGGAGCAACCUAAACAGGGGAAGUCCUUCUCUCAGCCUAUUCUGCCGGUGAGUUCCGAUGGGAAGGUGAUGGCAAAUGGUAGAGUCGUUGCUGAUCCACUUGAGAAGAGUCGAAGGAUGUCAGGGAAUGAUAACCAGAGGGACAAACGCUUCGAUUCAUUCAAGACAUGGUCUGGAAGACUGGAGAGGCAGUUGUCCAACUUGCGUGGGAAACCACAAGAACCCGACGACGAGGCUAAUGACUCCAGCAUUAUCGACGUCGAGCCUGUGCCCGCAGUAGAUCGCUACUUCGAUGCUUUGGAAGGACCAGAACUGGACACUCUCAGGGUAUCGGAGGUGUCGGUGCUUCCCGAGGACAAGAAAUGGCCUUUCCUCCUCCGGUUUCCCAUAUCUUCCUUCGGUAUGUGCCUCGGUUUGAGCACCCAAGCCAUCCUAUGGAAGGCAUUGGCCACAUCGCCGUCGGUGAGCUUCUUGAACGUGAGCCUGACCGUCAAUCUCGUCCUCUGGUGCAUCUCGCUGGUGCUGAUGAGCACCGUGUCCCUCAUCUACGCCCUAAAGGUCAUCUUCUACUUCGAAGCGGUCAGACGAGAGUACUACCACCCUGUCCGAGUCAACUUCUUCUUUGCUCCUUGGAUCGCCUGCCUGUUCUUGGUGCAGGGCGUGCCGCCGUCGGUGACGGAGACGCCGCCUGCUGCUGUCUGGUACGCCCUCAUGGCUCCCAUCUUCUGCCUCGAGCUCAAGAUCUACGGGCAGUGGAUGUCGGGAGGCCAACGCAGGCUGUCCAAGGUGGCCAACCCUUCCAACCAUUUGUCCAUCGUAGGGAACUUCGUCGGCGCGUUGGUGGGCGCCUCCCUGGGGCUCAAAGAAGGUCCCAUCUUCUUCUUCGCCGUUGGAUUGGCGCACUACACGGUCCUAUUUGUUACCCUGUACCAGAGGCUUCCUACCAACAAGACCCUCCCCAAGGAGCUGCACCCUGUUUUCUUCCUGUUCGUUGCUGCGCCCAGUGUCGCUUGCAUGGCUUGGGCAAGGAUCAACGGUGACUUCGAUUACGGCUCCAGGAUUGCUUACUUCGUUGCCUUCUUCCUCUACGUCUCUCUCGCUGUGAGGAUCAAUUUUUUCCGAGGCUUUAGGUUCUCGCUGGCUUGGUGGGCGUAUACUUUCCCAAUGACUGGCUUCUCGAUUGCAACCAUCAAGUAUUCGAUGGAAAUUACCAAUGCGUUCACCCAGGCACUCUCUGUAGGCUUCUCUGCCAUCUCCACCUUCACCGUCACAGCCCUGCUCGUUUCCACCAUCAUUCAUGCCUUUGUCCUCCGUGACCUCUUCCCCAACGACAUCUCCAUCGCCAUCACCCAGAAAAGGCCAAAGUUCAGUAAGUUCAUUGCCCAUCUGAGAUCCAUUAACUCAGACACGAAGGAAAUGGAGGCAUCGGUUUCCAAAGAUAACCUGGAAGUCUGAAUGCUUCCCCCGCCCCCCUUCUUCCUUCAGGGUACCAUAUCUAAUGCCAAGGCCAGUCAUUCAAGAAGAGAAUGCUGAUCUCAGGAAAUGGUUCGGCAUUUCAUCAGGUGGUCUGGAGGAAAGACUGCAUCACAUAUAAAUGGGCUGUCGUGGACUUAUGUAUGUAACUCGAAUGAAUAAAGAAAAAUGAUGCUACAGACACAAAUCAUCACUAUAAGUGAAUUCAAGUGCUUCUCAUUUGCAGCUCUUCUAUAAAUGAUGUCGAUGAAGAAACUCCGCAAGAUUUAAUUUGGGUGAAUUAAAAUGCAGUACGAUCUUUAUGUUUCCGAGUA